AUGUAUACUCAUCUAGUUUCUGGUCUCAUUCUACUAUCGCUGGUAGUCUUCGAAGCCAGCUCAGCGCCCGUCCAGCCAAAGUUCAAGAUUCUCAGUCUACACAGCGCCAAGUUUGUGUCUUCCACACAGAACGGCGACGUCCACGCAAAGGCCGGAGACACGAACGACCCGUCUACCGAUUUCUACCAGCACACUCGAGAGUUCCCGAAAGUCAGCUACGAGAGCGUACUGAGUCCUGGGAAGUUCCUGAUCCUGGACGAGGAAACGGCUCAGCUUCGCGUGGAGGAGCCGCGGGACGGCAACGAAGUAUUCAUGCAGGUCCAGCACCCCCUCAACUACGGGCUGUUUGCGCUCAAGUCGUACGGAAGCCGCGCCGACUGCUACGUCGCGUUCGACCUUCACGGCGCAGUCUCCACCGACCCUCACAUCUGUAACGAAGACGAACUACACAGCGGUCACGGUCUAGCCACGUCAGUCCAUAUACUUGCUAUGUAA